AUGAUGGCGGCGGCGCUGGGGCCCCCAGAAGUGAUCGCUCAGCUGGAGAACGCGGCCAAAGUUCUGAUGGCGCCACCUUCCAUGGUUAAUAACGAACAACGCCAGCAUGCAGAGCACAUAUUCUUAUCGUUUAGGAAAUCAAAGUCACCAUUUGCAGUUUGCAAGCAUAUUUUGGAAACAAGUAAAGUGGACUAUGUCCUCUUUCAAGCUGCCACAGCCAUAAUGGAAGCAGUUGUCCGAGAGUGGAUUCUCUUGGAAAAAGGUAGCAUCGAGUCACUGCGAACAUUCCUUUUAACCUAUGUCUUACAAAGGCCUAACCUCCAAAAGUAUGUUCGGGAACAGAUUCUGUUAGCAGUAGCAGUAAUUGUAAAACGAGGAUCCUUAGAUAAAUCAAUUGACUGCAAAAGCAUUUUUCACGAAGUCAGCCAGUUGAUAAGUAGUGGCAAUCCCACUGUGCAAACUUUGGCCUGUUCUAUUCUAACUGCACUAUUGAGCGAAUUCUCAAGUUCAAGUAAAACUAGCAACAUUGGACUCAGUAUGGAAUUCCAUGGCAACUGCAAAAGAGUUUUUCAGGAAGAAGACCUUCGUCAGAUCUUCAUGCUAACAGUUGAAGUUCUUCAGGAAUUCAGCAGGCGGGAAAACCUCAAUGCUCAGAUGUCUUCGGUAUUUCAGCGUUACCUUGCCCUCGCCAAUCAAGUCUUGAGCUGGAACUUUCUUCCUCCAAAUUUGGGCAGACAUUAUAUAGCUAUGUUUGAAUCUUCGCAAAAUGUGCUGUUGAAGCCAACAGAGUCCUGGCGGGAGACUCUUCUGGACAGCAGAGUUAUGGAGCUGUUUUUCACAGUACAUCGAAAAAUCAGAGAAGAUUCAGAUAUGGCACAAGAUUCUCUUCAGUGCCUUGCCCAGUUAGCUUCUCUUCAUGGACCCAUCUUCCCCGAUGAAGGCUCACAAGUUGAUUAUCUAGCACACUUCAUUGAGGGAUUACUGAAUACUAUCAAUGGAAUUGAAAUAGAAGAUUCAGAAGCUGUGGGAAUCUCCAGCAUUAUCAGCAACCUGAUAACUGUGUUCCCUCGAAAUGUUUUAACUGCCAUUCCAAAUGAACUUUUCUCGUCCUUUGUUAACUGUCUCACACACCUCACUUGUUCUUUUGGGCGAAGUGCUGCAUUGGAAGAAGUGCUUGAUAAAGAUGACAUGGUGUACAUGGAAGCCUAUGACAAAUUGCUGGAAUCCUGGCUAACUUUGGUCCAAGACGACAAACAUUUCCACAAAGGCUUUUUUACCCAACAUGCAGUUCAAGUUUUCAAUUCCUAUAUUCAGUGCCACCUCGCUGCUCCAGAUGGCACGAGGAAUUUGACUGCCAAUGGUGUGGCCUCUCGUGAGGAAGAAGAAAUAAGUGAACUUCAAGAGGAUGAUCGAGACCAGUUUUCAGAUCAACUAGCCAGUGUAGGAAUGCUAGGAAGGAUUGCUGCAGAACACUGUAUACCUCUUCUGACAAGCCUAUUAGAAGAAAGAGUAACGAGGCUCCACGGUCAGUUACAGCGGCAUCAGCAGCAGUUACUUGCUUCACCUGGUUCGAGCACUCUAGACAACAAAAUGCUUGAUGAUCUGUAUGAAGAUAUUCACUGGCUUAUUUUAGUUACAGGCUACCUCUUAGCUGAUGAUACUCAGGGAGAGACUCCGCUAAUACCUCCAGAAAUAAUGGAAUAUUCCAUUAAGCAUUCAUCUGAAGUUGACAUUAAUACAACACUUCAAAUUUUGGGAUCUCCAGGAGAAAAGGCUUCUUCCAUCCCAGGGUACAACAGAACAGAUUCUGUGAUUAGGCUAUUAUCUGCUGUUCUCAGAGUUUCAGAGGUUGAAUCUCGAGCAAUAAGAGCAGACCUCACUCACCUCCUAAGCCCUCAAAUGGGCAAAGACAUUGUUUGGUUCCUAAAACGCUGGGCAAAGACUUACCUCCUGGUGGAUGAGAAGCUAUACGAUCAGAUAAGUCUGCCAUUCAGUACAGCAUUUGGAGCAGAUACAGAAGGUUCUCAGUGGAUUAUUGGCUACCUCUUACAAAAAGUCAUCAGUAACCUCUCAGUGUGGAGUAGUGAGCAGGACCUUGCAAAUGACACUGUGCAGCUCCUUGUCACUUUGGUGGAAAGAAGAGAAAGAGCAAACUUAGUGAUUCAGUGUGAAAACUGGUGGAACUUAGCCAAGCAGUUUGCAAGUCGAAGCCCACCUCUGAACUUCCUGUCAAGUCCCGUGCAGAGGACACUGAUGAAGGCUCUUGUCUUGGGUGGUUUUGCACAUAUGGACACAGAAACCAAACAGCAGUAUUGGACAGAGGUCCUUCAGCCACUUCAGCAGCGAUUCUUAAGAGUGAUAAAUCAAGAAAACUUUCAGCAGAUGUGCCAGCAGGAGGAAGUCAAGCAGGAGAUCACGGCCACGUUGGAGGCCCUGUGUGGCAUUGCGGAGGCUACCCAGAUUGACAACGUAGCAAUUCUUUUUAAUUUUUUGAUGGACUUCCUUACCAAUUGCAUUGGAUUGAUGGAAGUUUACAAAAAUACCCCAGAGACCGUCAAUCUCAUAAUAGAAGUUUUUGUGGAAGUUGCACAUAAACAGAUAUGCUAUCUUGGAGAGUCCAAAGCUAUGAACCUGUAUGAAGCCUGCCUUACUUUGCUGCAAGUAUAUUCUAAGAAUAACUUGGGGCGGCAAAGAAUAGAUGUUACAGCAGAGGAAGAACAGUACCAAGACCUGCUUCUCAUCAUGGAACUUCUCACUAACCUUCUGUCAAAAGAAUUCAUAGAUUUUAGCGAUACAGAUGAGGUGUUCAGAGGACAUGAGCCAGGGCAGGCGGCAAACAGGUCUGUGUCCGCGGCUGAUGUUGUUCUGUAUGGAGUGAACCUCAUUCUGCCCCUGAUGUCACAAGAUCUUUUGAAGUUUCCAACCCUUUGCAAUCAGUACUACAAAUUAAUCACAUUUAUCUGUGAGAUUUUUCCUGAAAAAAUACCACAGCUUCCUGAAGAUCUUUUUAAAAGUCUGAUGUACUCUCUAGAACUAGGCAUGACAUCAAUGAGUUCGGAAGUUUGCCAGCUUUGCCUGGAAGCUUUGACGCCAUUAGCUGAGCAGUGUGCAAAAGCACAGGAAACAGAUUCACCACUUUUUCUAGCAACACGGCACUUUCUAAAGCUGGUUUUUGAUAUGCUGGUUUUGCAAAAGCACAACACAGAGAUGACCACUGCAGCCGGUGAAGCUUUCUACACGUUGGUGUGCUUGCAUCAGGCUGAAUAUUCCGAGUUGGUUGAAACAUUACUGUCAAGUCAGCAAGACCCGGUUAUUUACCAGAGAUUAGCAGAUGCCUUCAACAAGCUCACCGCAAGCAGCACUCCUCCGACGCUGGACCGGAAGCAGAAGAUGGCCUUCCUAAAGAGUUUAGAAGAGUUUAUGGCAAAUGUUGGUGGCCUCCUUUGUGUAAAAUAAACAACAAAACUUUAUGCUUAAUUUAGAUCCUUUCUGCAAAGUGC